AUGACGAAAAUGAUACAAGCGGCAAAGAUCCUCGGGCAGAAGAGUCACGUAGUUCCUGGCAAGCUACGAAUUACGGAACACUUCUUCGAAGUACCUCGUGACUAUUGCAAUCCUUCGGCAGGAACAAUCCAGCUCUUCGCACGCUCUGCUCUGAAAGCCGAGAAGCCCGCAGACUACACUUCAAGGUCACAUCUCGAGCCAUCCAAGACCCAACUUCCAUGGCUCGUAUAUCUGCAAGGCGGCCCAGGCUUCGAGUGCCGAAGCCCCGAAAAAGUCUCAUGGACUCAAACAAUUCUCGAUAAAGGUUACCGAGUGCUCAUGCUAGACCAACGUGGAACUGGCCUUUCAACCGCAAUAAGCCAGUCGAGUUUACAGUUGAGGGGUGACGAGAAGGUGCAGGCAGAUUAUAUGAAGAGCUUCAGGGCUGAUAGUAUUGUCAAGGACUGCGAGGCCGUAAGAAAAGCAUUGACCGAGAAUUACCCCGAAGAGAAAAAGAAAUGGAGCAUCAUGGGACAGAGCUUUGGAGGAUUCUGUUGCUUGACUUACUUGUCUCACUACUCCGAAGGAGUCAAAGAAGCAUUUCUUUUCGGCGGCUUGCCACCACUAAGAGAUGACCCAGAUGAAGUUUACGAGCGUCUAUACGCACGUGUCAAGAGCAGGAACGAAGGGUAUUACGCAAAGUAUCCUGAAGACGUUGAUCGCGUUAAACGCAUUGUCAAACUCCUCUCUCGUUUCGGCGACACGACUGUGCGCGUCCAAGGUGGCGAAGGCUUCCUUUCUGCACGUCGCUUCCUGCAGCUUGGAAUUUACUUCGGUAAACAUGGAGGUUUUGAUGAUGUCCACGAAUUUGUUCUCCGCGCCGAUACUGAUCUGACCCAAUUUGGACAUCUGACACGACCUACUGUUCUCGCGCUAGAGGCAGCACAGAGCUGGGACACGAACGUCAUCUAUGCACUUCUCCAUGAGCCAAUCUAUUGUCAAGGGAAGGCGUCGAAUUGGUCUGCUGAGCGUCUCAUUUCCAAAUACCCCGAGUUCUCGCUCUCGCGUGUGUAUGGUGACGAGCCUGUCUACUUUACAGGCGAGAUGAUCUAUCCCUUCAUGUUCGAUGUUUACCCAGAGCUCGCCAAGCUCAAGACUGUUGGCAACCUUCUGGCCGAAGAGAAAGACUGGCCGCGCCUGUACGACAAAGAACAGCUGAAGAAGAACGAGGUGCCUACUUAUGCUGCAGUCUAUAUUGACGACAUGUAUGUUGACCUUAAUCUGAGCAUGGAGACAGCAAAUUCUAUCAGGGGGUGCAAGACUUUCAUUACGAACACGAUGUACCACAAUGGAAUCGGUGCGAAAACGGAUGAAGUGCUGAGGCAAAUCUUCUCUCUGAGAGAUGAUGUUAUGGAUUAG